AUGUCCGCGCAAGACUGUGCUAGGCCUCAGUCAGGCACUGCACCGAAGGAGCCGAGGAAUCCCGCGCCGGGGUCUCUGUUUCAACGCUGUGUGCGGAAAUGGAUGAAUGUACUUGACCACCUCUCCAUCGCCUUCCUUGGUGGACCACGGUGCAUUAAGUUUGCUCACGUCAUCAAUUUUCAAAAAUGCAUGACACUUUUGGUCUGCAGUGGUAUGAUGUGGAGGUCUGGAAACUUCUCCGCGACUGCGAUGACUUACACCGCCCUGCACGGCAGCUACGGGCUCUGCUGGUACCUGAAGCACCUGGUCUUCCCGGAUCCACGGUGGGAGCCGAAGGUCACCAUCGGGGGAGCCAUGACUUCCUUCAUAGCGGUGCUUGGCCCUUACUGGGUUAUUGCCUACAACGCCAUAAUGCGAGGCACAGAGCGAUCGAACGUCGCUCUCUGCGCCGCGACAGUGAUGUACGCUGUCGGCCUCGUCAUUAUGACGGGGGCAGACAGCCAAAAGUACUUUGUGCUGCGAGAGCGCAAAGGUCUGAUUAAGGACGGCUUCUUUGCCCGCACACGGAACCCCAACUACCUUGGUGAGGUAAUGAUCUACGGGUCGUUUGCCUUCGUGUCGGGUCACACGAGCUCGUGGGUGAUCUUGCUGACGAUCUGGACGGGUUUCUUUCUUCCCUCGAUGGUAUGCAAGGACAUCCGGAUGAGUCGUCACGCUGAUUGGAAGGCAUACGCGGCAAGGACCGGGCUAUUUUUUCCCCGUAUCAGGUGA